AUGGUCGACUUCGAGAGCUUGAAAGCUAAUGGAUUUGAUGUGAAACCCUAUUUCACCACUCAAGGUUGGGACAAGUAUUUUGAGAUGCUGAACGGUCCAAUCUAUCCAGAUCUUCUUAAACACUUCUGGAUGAAAGCAAAGGUCUUCACUAAGGUCGAAGCUAAGCAAGAAGAAUACCUAGCUAUUGAAAGGGAUCCUAGUCUGAAGGGAAAAACUAGGAAAGAGAUGGGUCUUCUAGAGUUUACUAGUACGCAGAUUAGGUCUAAUGUCUGUGGUAUUAAUCUCACCUUCUCAAAGGUCCAUUUUAAUGCUCUCCUUGGUCUGACAAACUCUGGGUUAAUUUUGGACGACUUUGAAAAGGAUACUACAUAUAGAAAUGAUUUGCUACAUCGGAUGUGUGUGGAUAUGCAGCUUAAAGGAAAAGUCAAAGGAAUGACGGAUGAGUGCAGGGUCUUGUUUAAGAUUAUCAUAUCAUCUAUCUGUCCAAGAGUAGGUGUUACUGAUACAAUCUCUUGGCCUCAUCGUCAUCUAAUCUACUUCCUUCUGUCUGAAAAGAAAGUGAAUUUGGGAGAUUACUUCUUUGAAAGAAUUUGUGAAGCAAUUUUCUACAGCAAGUCUCAGAGGAGAACAACCAUUGUUCAUCCUAGGUUAUUGUCUGAUUUGCUUUUUCAAGGAGGUAUUAUAAAGAAUCUACAGAAGUUCUAUCCAGAACUUGUUGCCAGCAAGGUUGUGCCAGAUGUUUUGUCAGCAAGUUUUCUAACCAAGAUGCAUCUUAUUAACUCAAAGGUGGUUCAACCUUCACAAGAGUUUGAAGUACGCUUAGAGGAUCGGUUGUAUGUGAAUGGUUAUCCAAUAAUAUCUGAAUUGGACAGUGAAGAGGUCAUUCAGGAUUACUUGAAGGGGCUACAGGCUGAAGGAUUUACUGUCACUAGGGAGAUGGUUCCAAAGGCUCCAAUUAACAUGUACAAUCUUAAACAGAGGAAGUCUAAGAGGAAAGCUGACACUCAAGAGGAUAAAGUUCAGCCAGAUCUUCUUGCUCAAAAGAAAAUCAAGGUUGAGCAAACUGUUGCUGAACAAAGGACAAAGAAGAAGCAUGAAGCACCUGCUGAAAAGGUUGUUGAGGAAUCUUCUAGGGCUCCUAAGAGGAAAAUGGUGCUGAAUGUUGAUGAAGAUGAUUCUGAAGAGACUCGCUCUGAUGAGGAAACUCUUGCUGAUAAGCUGAAGAAGAAACAAGUUCCUGCUUCCAAAGGUAAGACUCCUAAGUUUGUCUUUAAUGAAGCUGAAAUAGGAAUAGGUUACACCAAACCCCUUAGAACUAUCCAUCCUGAAGCUAUCAACAUUUCAUCUUCUGACAAUUCAGAAGAACCAGCUUGUUCUACUGAUGAGAUAAUCCGAAAAGGUAAAGAAAGUAUUAACAAAUUUACCUCUUCUGAUAAAUCUGAACAGAAGGAUAAACAUGUUCUUUCUGACAAUCCCAUUUCUGAACUAGAAAAACACCUGAGCCCUGAUACUCUGAACAAUCAUCCAUUUUCUCAUGAAACUGCCAAGCCCACAUCACCUCCCAAACCAAUUUCACCACCAACUCAACCACAACAAGAAACAUCUACCAAACCAUCAUCUGAUCCUCAACCAGAUAUCACUCCUGCACCCAUUAACUCUCCCACCAAACAAACCUCUCCUUGCAAAUCUGCUGAACCAACUUCUGAACCCACAACAUAUGAACAAGCUCCUGACCAUAACCCUAACCCAGGUGCUGAACAUGUAUCUCCUGAAAGUGUUCACACUUGUGCUCCCUGUCCUUCAGAAGCAGAUGUUGUUCUUAUUACCAACCCUGCUCCUGAAUCACCCAAACAUUCCACAAUUCCCGAUAUCUCUCCCAAAUCAUCUGACCCUUUUGGUAACCUAUCCAAUCAGCUUUAUGAUGACCUUCUUAGGCUGUCUAAAAUCAAGAACAGGUUCUUGGUCUGUCCUUCUGAUGUGGACGUUGAGGUAUCUGCUAUCAAGGCCAAGAUUUGUAGUUCUCUGGAUUUGGUUGGUGAAGACAUCAAAGCUGUGAUUGGUAAGAGGGAUUUGGAGGUCGUCAAUCUUAUGAGGGAAGCUCUUGCAAGGGUAAGUCUGAAGCGGUUAACCAUGUUCAAUCAUGAAGAAGCUGAGAAUGCUAGAAUUUCAGCUAUAUUGGCAAAGGAAACUGCUGAUGAUAUGCUACUCAAGAUGUUCAAGAAUUGCUGGGUGGACUCCAAGUUGUUUAAGAGCUCAGAAGAUCAGAGGAUUGAGUCUGAACGGAUUGCUCAAGAAACUGAGAGGAUUGCUCAAGAGGCUGCUUUGCUGAAUCAGAAAGAAGUUCUUAUGCUUGGUUUUCAGAGGAUGGUGGAUCUUCCUCUGAUAAAGGAAAGGCUCCUUUGGAAGCAGAUGUGGAUCAUCUGA